AUGGGGUUUUUUAUGGAUCGAGAUGGACCUUUAGCUCCGGCUAUUGGUGAUUGCCUCAAGGAGGCUGGUAUUAGUGUGUCAAGAGUUCGAUCCGAGGUGGAGAAGCUUCAGGGUAAAGAAGGGAAGAAGGUUGAGUUGGCCUCUGGCGACAUGAAUUUCCAAGCAUUGAUAACUUACAGGAGAGAUCUCGUCGAACAAGCAGGAAAGCUCGACCCAGUCAUCGGCCGAGACGAGCAGAUUCGUUCUGUUCCUUAUCUGAUGAAAUCGAUGCUUCUGUCUGCAGCUCAUCCUUGGAUUAGAAGUUCUAGUCAGAUUAAAGUGCCCCUUGAUAUUCUAAUCUUCCGACUGGUGAAGUCCUACACGUGUUCUUCAUCAUUGCGCAAAUCUGCUUUAAGGGCUCUGUCAAAGACAUUGGCUGUUGACGAGCUAAUUUAUUUGAAGGAGCAGUUUGCACUAUUGGAGCCAAAUAAGAAUGGAUGCAUUACCCUGGAAAACAUUAAGAUGGCCUUGAUGAAAAAUGUUACUGAUGCAAUGAAAGAAUCCCGUAUUCAGGACUUUCUCGUCUCGUUGAGUGCCCUUAAAUACAGAAGGAUGGAUUUUGAUGAAUUCUGUGCAGCUGCACUAAGUGUACAUCAGCUUGAAGGUCUACAUAGAUGGAGUGACAUUUGCAGAAAUUUCUACUUCCUGAACUGGAAGGUUUAUGUUGCAGAGCCGAGCGUUGCGGAUACAAUUAGGAUUCAGGAUCGGGCUCUUGUCGUUGCUGCUCAGCUCUCUAGCCGAUAUAUCACUGGUGGCAGAAGUGCAGAAGCAGAUUGAGAAAGUAAGCACACAAUUGGACAAGCUUCAGAGUAUUUUUGGAUCUAUGUCAAAAAUUUAUGAUCGCUCUAGUAUUUUGGAUCUAUGUCAACAAUUUAUGUAUCGCUCUAGUAUUUUGGUGAA